AUGAUGGUCUACAGCCGGUGGAACGACGAGGAAGCUGCUAAAUGCAAUGGAGAGCUUUUCGCCCUUCGCGUCUACACCUCCCGUCUCAUUGGGUCGGACGAUGAUCUUGUGCUUCAUGGUGGAGGCAACACUUCGGUGAAGGCUCCGUACAAGGACAUCUUCGGCAACGAGAUUCCUGCGCUCUACGUCAAGGGAAGCGGAUGGGAUCUUGCGACCAUCGAGAAGCAAGGCUUCGCUCCUGUUCGCAUGGACAUUCUGCUCAAGCUUCCAGACUUGGCGACACUCUCGGAUACUGAUCUCGUUACCAUCCAGAAGCAGGCGAUGCUCGACCCCAACGCGCCUGGGCCUUCGAUUGAGACGAUUCUCCAUGCUCUUAUCCCCUAUACGUUUGUCGAUCACUCGCACUCCGACACCGUUUGCCUGGUGACCAAUACGCCCGAGGGAGAGAAGUUCAUCAAGGAGAUAUAUGGCGACAAGGCACUAAUCGUCCCCUACUGCAUGCCUGGCUUCGUGCUCGCAAAGAAGGUCAAAGAGAUGACGGUCGGGGUUGACUGGGCCAAACUCGAUUGCAUUAUCCUUCUCAACCACGGCAUCUUCACCUGGGGCAACGACGCCAAGACCUCGUACGAGAACAUGAUCGCCAAUGUGAAGAAGGCGGAGGACUUUCUCAAGUCCAAGCAGGCGUACUUCGAGUCUCUUGAGAGCGGAAGUGAAGCCUGUGAGAAGCUUGACCCGGUGGCCAUCGCAAAGAUCAGGAAGGAGGUCAGUACUGCUGCCGGCGUCCCGAUGGUGGUCAAGGCCAACAAUGGCUACGCAGCCAAAACUUUCGCGUCCCUUCCGGACUUGUCAAAGGUGUCGCAAGUCGGGACGUUGACUCCGGACCACAUCAUCCAGACCAAGAGAGUCCCUGCCAUCAUCCACGACUACCAGACGGGAGCCGAGCAGGACGUGAAGAGCUACGUGUCCGAGUACGAGGCGUACUUCAACCGCAACCGCAAGCCUGAGCACAAGAUGCUGGACCCUGCUCCCAGGUGGAUUCUUCUGCCAGGCAAGGGAUGGUGCACAGCAGGCAUCGGAGUAAAGCAGACGAAGAUCAACGAUGACAUUGCAAAGCACACCUCUCGUGCCAUCAUGUGGGCUGGCAAGUUCAGCUGCUACUGCUGCCUGGGGGAGAAGGACCUCUUCGAUGUCGAGUACUGGGAGCUCGAGCAAGCGAAGUUGAGGAAGGGAGGAGGAAGGAAGGACUUUGACGGCAAGGUGGCUGUGGUGACCGGAGGAGCAAGUGGCAUUGGCAAGGCUGUUGUCAAGGCCUUUCUUGACGCCGGCGCUUGUGUGGUGGCUCUUGACAUCAACCCAGAGGUGUCGACAGUCUUCAAGAGCCCGGCCUUCCUCGGGAUCAAGUGUGACCUGACUGAUGCAGAGGCUGUAAAGGACGCGCUUUCAACCUGUGCUCACUGCUUCGGUGGUGUGGACAUCCUUGUCCUCAACGCUGGAAUCCUUCCUAAGUCUGCACCCAUUGAGGAGAUCGAGCCCGAGCAGUGGGAUCGGUCCAUGCAGGUCAACCUCACUGCCUCCCAGAGGCUCCUCACCGCCACCAUCCCCUACCUGAAGCUCGGCGUCGACCCCUGCCUCAUCAUCGUCGGCACUAAGAAUGCUCCCGCACCAGGGCGAGGCAUGUCGUGCUACUCCGUUGCCAAGGCAGCUCUCACCCAGCUGGGCCGCAUCGCUGCUCUUGAGCUCGCUCCUCACGGCGUGCGCGUCAACACGGUCCAUCCGGACGCUGUCUUCGACACCGGCUUGUGGAGCGAGGAAGUGCUCAAGACCCGCGCUGCCGCCUACAACCUCACGGUUGACCAGUACAAGCGCAGAAACCUCCUCAAGGCAGAGAUCACGUCACAUGACGUGGCUCGGGUGGUUCGCUCGCUGGCAGGGCCCGACUUCUACAAGGUCACUGGCGCUCAGCUGCCAGUCAAUGGAGGGGACGAGAGGACUGUGUAA